AUGAAGCUUUGGUCAUACAUAGAUCAGCUAUUGUAUGACAAUACGAUAGAAGAGGAGUACUAUCGAAAGAUGCGACAGAAGAGUUCAUCAAACUCGGCCUUUUUUGUAGGUCUUGUGGCGGCAGUGGGUGGAUUCAUGUAUGGAUACGAUACUGGAUUGAUCAACGAUCUACUAGAGAUGCCAUAUGUGUACACUCAUUUUCCAAGUAAUCAUACUGGAUUUGCCACUCAUGAACGGGCUAUAGUUGUUGCUUCGUUGUCGUUGGGGACGUUUUUUGGAGCCUUGGUGGCUCCUUUAAUUUCUGAUAACUACGGAAGAAAAUUUUCAAUCAUUUUAAGUGCUGGGAUCAUUUUUAAUAUAGGAAAUAUCUUGCAAAUCAGCUCAACUGAGAUUGCGUUGCUUAGUGUGGGACGGCUUGUCCUGGGAAUCUCAGUCGGAAUACUAUCAGCUAUUGUGCCUUUGUAUCAAGCCGAGGCAUCUCCCAAGUGGGUUAGAGGUUCAGUUGUGUUUACUUAUCAAUGGGCCAUCACUUGGGGUCUCUUGAUUGCCAGUGCUGUAUGUCAAGGGACGCGAAAGAUUUCAAAUUCGGGGUCGUAUAGGAUACCUAUUGGAAUUCAAUUUUUAUGGGCAUUGGUUUUGUCUACCGGUAUGUUGUUUUUACCGGAAAGCCCGCGGUACUACGUACAGAAGGAUAAUUUGGAAAAGGCGCUUUAUUCACUUUGCAAACUACGGCGGUUGCCUGAAGACGAUGAAUGCUUGGUGGAGGAAUUGGUGGAAAUAAAGGCUAAUUACGAUUAUGAGCGCUCUUUUGGUAAAACCACAAUUCUUGACUGUUUUAGGAGCGGUGGAGGUAGACACAAACAAGGUUUGAGGAUGUUUACUGGGAUAGGAGUCCAGUUUUUCCAACAGUGUUCGGGUGUCAACUUUAUCUUCUACUAUGGAGUAAACUUUUUCAGUUCUGCUGGUGUCAAAAAUUUUUACAUCAUGUCAUUGAUUACAUAUAUUGUCAAUGUGGUGUUUACAGUUCCUGGUAUAAUCUUGAUUGAUACUGUUGGUCGAAGGCCGUUGUUAUUUUGGGGCGGUAUCGGCAUGGCAGCAUCUAAUUUCAUAAUAGCGAUAGCUGGAGUCAGCGUUGAACAGCAACAUGUAAAUGCUAUCCUAUGUGUUUCAUUCUCGUGUGUGUUUAUUCUAUUUUUUGCCAGUACUUGGGGUGGAUGUGCAUGGGCCUUGUGCUCGGACAUAUAUGGUAUCUCCAUUAGACAAAAGGGUGUUGCAUUAACAGCAGCCACAAACUGGUUGGUCAACUUUGUAUUUGCAUACAUAACCCCUUAUUUGAUUGAUACUGGUUCACGUACUGCCAGAUUAGGUGGCAAGAUAUUUUUCAUUUGGGGCAGUUUGAAUGCAUUGGGUACCGUGUUUGUUUAUUUUACUGUUUAUGAAACCAAAGGAUUGAAGUUGGAGGAAGUUGAUUACAUGUAUGCUCAUUGCGCUAAUGCAAGAGUAUCAAAGAAGUUCAAAUCAACAAAGAUUAACUACGACCAAUUGGACGACGACUAUAACCCAAUUAGUGCCAAGCAACCACCAUCGACGACAUCAAACGAAUUGACUCCGAAUGAAAAGUAUAACGACGACGAUGAUGUUGAUCUCAUGAUACACCAACACCAUGAUAGCGACGACAAUCUGCAACACCAUGCAACUCUUCGCAACAAGUCAGACACAAUCACCUCUGUCCAUCGGUACGAUAGAACCCCUUCAACAUCCAACGCCCUGGAUGAGAAAAACCUAGGCAUGCAACUACGCAAACAAUCGAUGGCUUCCAAUGGUAUUUCAUCAAUUAAUUCCUCAAGAUCUGUUGCCCACGCAUCCAAUGUUAGCAAUGAUUAUCAAGAAUAUUUGGAGUCGUUGAAACGCGAUUAUUCUCAACACUAUUCCAACUCAGCCAAUCUUGUGCGCAAGAUCUCAUCGUCAAUCAAUAAUAGUAAUAGUGGUUACCAUAAUGGCCAAGAGUUUAACUCAAUGGACCAUGGUUACCUUCCUGGCGAAGGUCACCAUGGAAAUUUAGAUUGCAGUGGCGACGUAACUGAAAUGAAUGGGUUGCAGACUACAAUCAUAGCAGCGCCAUUUUUUGACCAGCCUCCAUCGGAUUCUGAUUCUGAUUCUGACUCGGACUCAGACUCUGGCUCCGAUGCUGAUCAAGAUGAGGGUGAGGAUGCUGAUCAUGAAGGAGAUGGUAAUGACGAGGGAAAUAGAUGA